UGCACGGCAGACACGCACCGAAACAGUGACACCCACGGACCCGCAGACAUGAACGCGUUCACAGUUGUUGCCCUGCUGCACUGCUGCCUGUUAGCAGCGCUGGUUCAAUCGGCUCCCGUCAGCUCGCCGUCCAACCCCAAAGAGGCGGUCGAGCGAGUGAUGAGGCUGGUGGAGAAAAUCCGGAAAGACGUCCGCUCCGUGCACGGCAGCAUCAUCAACAUUGACGGUUUUACCCUCGACUCCUCCAGUCAGACCGGAGAGCUGGAGAUGAAGAGGAUAAACCUGGGAAUCCCUGACCCCCCCGUCCUCAAAGAGCUGUCCGAACAGUUCACAGCGGACAUGUGUGUGAGCCGUAUGCUGGCGGGCGGGCGGCUGUACCAGGGGCUGCUGGUAGAUUUGUCUCGCAGACUGGGGGGACUGGAGGCUCUGAGUGCUGAACUGAGAGACCUGGUGACCCACAUCAACCAGAUGAAGGACGCGGCUCAGCUGAGCAGUGACUCUUCAGAUCAGAGCAGCCUGGACUUGGCUUUGAAUCUCCAUGGCAACUACGAUGUCCAGGUGGCAGCCCACCUGACGCUGUGCCAGCUGCUCGAGUUCUGUCACGACCUGAUCCGCAGCCUCAGAAACAUGGCCGAAACGCAGAUGGCUCGUGGGACGCGCUAAGCCCCGCCCACUGCAGGAUCAGAGCUGCUAGCACGAUUCAGGGGAGAAACUUUAUCGAUCGU